UUUUGGUGGGGUAAAUUAUUAUCGCGGGGCUUAUCGUACUUAGAGUGACGCAGAAAAUAAUUGCCCCUCGAUUAUUCAGCGAUUAGACUUUACAAAACUGCCUGGAAGCGACAACCUUAACCUCAACUUAUGAGGACUGAGUUUCGGGAAAAGGUAAAUCUUAUAUUAUUGCAUUUUGCAUAACUCUACAACAUCAUAUACCAACAAAUUGCCCAACAUGGUGCAUGCAAAGUCCAAGACCUCGGUCGGGUUGGGCAAUACGCUCAUGAACGAUCGUUUUGGGAAGGGUAAAGGAUCCGAUCGCAAAAAGGGUUCAGCAGUCACGAGAAUCAACCACGCAACUGGUGAAGAGUAUAUCACAAAUGACAGAAAAGAAGCAGCAUGGGUGAAGAUGCGCUCCGUAACGCAGCAAGGUGCUCUAGACGAGUUCCUUGCGACGGCCGAGCUUGCCGGUACCGACUUCACCGCUGAGAAGAUGAACAACGUCAAGAUCAUACAUACAGAUCAGAGGAAUCCAUAUCUCUUGUCGGCAACCGAGGAACGAAAUGUCAUAGGGAAGCACGCUCAACAUAGAGGAAGAUUAACGGUGCCUAGACGACCAAAGUGGGACUCUUCAACUACCGCCGAUGAGCUUGAUCAUCUCGAAAGAGAAAGUUUCCUCAACUGGAGAAGGGGUUUGGCAGAACUGCAGGAGCAUAACGACUUACUCAUGACCCCAUUUGAGCGUAAUCUAGAAGUUUGGAGGCAAUUAUGGCGUGUCAUCGAGAGAUCAGACCUGGUCGUUCAGAUUGUCGAUGCACGAAAUCCGCUGAUGUUUUGGUCCGAAGAUCUUGAAUCAUACGUGGAAGAUAUCGACCCAGCCAAGAAAAACCUGUUGCUGGUCAACAAGGCAGACAUGAUGACGACAAAUCAACGGAAAGCAUGGGCGAAAUAUUUCAAAGAGAAGAAGAUAGCCUAUCGCUUCUUCUCCGCUAGCUUGGCAAAGCAAUUAAACGAUGAGCGCGAUCUAGAGGACGAACCGGAAGAGCCUCUCAACGGCGAAAACUCGAAUCCAAAAACUAUUCGCAGAUCUAACCAGGAUGCCGAUUCGGAAGAUGAGAGUGACGAAGAGGGCGUAGAUUCGGGAGUGUCACCCAGUCAAGAUGCCGAUGAUGAUACCAGGAUAUUGACAGUUGAGGAGCUGGAAGACAUAUUUCUUCGGCAUGCACACGAUCCCGAUGAUCCGGAGAAGAAGCUGCAGAUAGGUCUAGUUGGGUAUCCGAACGUCGGAAAGUCGUCAACCAUCAACGCCCUCAUUGGCGCCAAGAAAGUAUCCGUCUCCGCAACGCCUGGUAAGACAAAGCACUUUCAAACCAUUCACCUAAGCGACAAGGUCAUCCUCUGCGAUUGUCCUGGUCUUGUGUUUCCCAAUUUCGCCACCACAAAAGCCGAUCUCGUCUGCAAUGGUGUCUUGCCGAUUGAUCAAUUACGAGAAUUCACGGGUCCCGCUGCACUCGUCGCACACAGGAUCCCACAGCCAUUUUUGGAAGCUAUCUAUGGCAUUCACAUCAGGACUCGGCCGUCAGAAGAGGGAGGGACGGGAAUUCCCACCGCCAGCGAGCUUCUGUCGGCAUAUGCCAAAGCACGAGGUUUCACAACCCAAGGUGUGGGACAGCCAGACGAAUCAAGAGCUGCUAGGACUGUCCUCAAAGACUACGUUAACGGAAAGCUUCUGUACGUUGAGCCUCCUCCCGGUUGGGGUGACGGCAUGGAUUUCAACCGCGAGUUGUACGACUCAGAACACCUACCCGCAAAGCGCAAGGCAGCUUUAACCGCAGCCAUGGGUGCACUAGACGUAGACGACGGUGAGUCGACAAUUGAUACGGAGAUCUUAGCCCUACCAAAAGGCGCCAAGUCGGAGAAGCUUGAUAAGGCGUUCUUCGCGCGCGAUGCGGGAAGCGCGGGACACUUAAAGAUGCCGUUCAGCCAUAAAUACACGGAACAAGGUAAAGCACAAGAACAAGGUCCGGCUAAGCAGCUUAGCGGACGAAAAGCCAGAGCGAUGGUCGCACUAGAAACGGGAAUAGACCCGCAGGACGUACAGAUCGGCUCGAGUAAGAAGCACUUUAAGGGAGGUCAGAAGGGCAGAGGGAAGAAGUUUGAUAACAAAAUGUUGAAUGAGGCUUAGAUAUCGAUUCGAUGGGUAGAGGAUGAAAAUCAUAGAUACGGCGGUAUGGUGACAUAUGGUAACUGGAGCUAGCACCGUUAAGACGGGUGUAGCUAGAAAUCAUUAUUGACAUCAAUGAAGUCAAUUGGCCUUAUAAUUGAUUCUCUCUAGUCAAUCUGCCUUGUGGAGUCUUCCAUAUGGUCUGCGUAGGUAGGUAUCAUCAAGG